AUGAUGUUUCUACGUUUUGUUAGAGUUCAGGUACCUCGGGUUCGACAGUUCUCGUCCAGUCUGACCACCAGAUCCAUUCUUGAUUACUUCAAAUUCUACAAGAAGAAGGAUCAUGAAAACGUUCCUAAGCAAAGACCUACAGAAGAAGUUAUCAAAGAAGUUGAGUCUGGCUCAAAGGCAAUUGAUGCAAAAAAUGAUGUUGAGAUAUUGGGAAGAAGAGAUCCGAGACAGUUUGACAAGGAGGUUAUUCUUGAGCAUUUAAAGGGAUUCAGUAUCCCAACGUGGCUCCCUACUAAAUCCGGAAGUGAAUAUGCGAUUAAACUUAACGAAUUGACAAAGUCUAAUGAAGGGGUGUCUAUUUCUAAGCUCUAUACGCGGGCUAUUUCGGAAAUUUUGAAGCAAGUUGCGGGAUAUGAUUCUGGUAUUACCGAGUUGAAUGAUCUUUCGCAGAGAGCCAGCAUCUUGAAACAGGUUCAACAAAAGUUCAGAUUGGAGAUUCCCGAUCCCCAAAUCGGCAAACUAAAUAGCUUUGCCAAAAUUGAGCAAUACCUCACACAGAAAUUGGAUCCAUCCAGACCAGAAGAGGAUGAAUUGGUGCCCGAUAAGGUGUACUUUGAUCCUGCCGUACUAGAAGGUACUAAUAUCAGCGUCGGCAGCUUUGUCUUCGAAAAACAGAAGGCCAAAACGUUGAAGAAGUUGUUGAAGAAGGCCAAGAAGAUGGAAAAGAGGGCCAUUGAAGAGCAUCAAAAAAUAGGUAAUGAUACCAUUCCGAUCAGCUAUGCCGAGAAACCCAACUUCUCACAGAAAAGGAUUUUGGAGAAUGUGCCUUUUGAAAUAGAUGGUAAGAACCUUGGUGAUAUGAAGAGCAUCAAGAAGCCCCGUAUCUCGAUCAAUGGAUCUUCUAUUUCAACAACCAUAUCAAACGGUAACAAUCAGGUGGAUGAUUCUGCCAAUGAUUCAAGUGUAUCUACUUCUGGUAGAGAUAUUCAAACUCGUCUAGAUCACUUAGAGAACAUGAUUGGUAUUCUAGUUUCAAAGCUAGCUCCAGAAGCUUCUACUGAAUCUCAAUACUCACAGAACUCCAGUUUUCCUGCCACAUGUAUAUCCUUACCUUUAGUUGAUACAAAGCAGAGCUCUGUUCCAUCUUCGUUUAGCACCGUGUUGGAAUCUCCUAAAAGAACCGGCUUUCUUUCUAAGGAAGUGGUCGAAAAGUCUAUUAUAGCUGCUGCUGAAGAUCUCGAGCGAGGUCCUCCAACAAACGCUAAGGUUUCUGAACGCUAUGAAAGAUUCUUUGGAGGUAAUACAUCUAUCUCGAUUUUCUCUAGCAAGGGAAUGAAAUGGAUGGAGGGUAAAGUGCGGGAUCGAAAGACCACGUUACCUUUGCGAAGGCUACUCUCUUGGGUAGUUCACAUGGAACAUGGAAUGCUUUCUGUCUGGGUUGAUCCAAUCGAAAAGUCGCAAAUAAGACCUUUUCCUUCAAGGAUUGUUAUUGAAAAGCUUAUCUCCGAACCGGUAUUGCCUACCAUUUUGAGCAGGCUCAUGGACAUAGAUACAGUGCGCAGAUUGCUUAAACUAUAUUGCGAUUACAGAGAUGGUUUGAUUCCUGAACCAAGAUACACGUACUCUGAGUUGUUACUUAUGAAUUGUUCCUUACUUGUUGCAAGUUCUUUUUACUAUGAAAGGGGACAUUUGUGCGAUGGCGUGGACUCAAAGCUAAAUCUGACGGAUCUAGCUGAUAUGAAGAAGUACUUACUUGACAAUUCGUUGUUUUACUAUCAUCGGGUUUCUGUUGUUUUUGAUGGAUUGACGGGAAUCAGUGGUAUUCUCUUGUUAUCUAUGUAUGCCGAUUUUGUUUCGCUCUCUCAAAGCGCAUAUCUUAUGUCUACUACCGCCAUCAGACAGGCACAGGACAUGGGGCUUCACCAGGGUGCGACUUAUCGGGGUCUUCCUACUAAAGAGCGCAAUAAGCGUCUUUUCGUUUGGUGGAUGUGCUAUGGAUAUGACAGAGAUCUUUGCGUGAGAUCUGGUAAGCCUCCUAUAAUCAAUGAUGAUGAUGUCUCUGCCCCUUCUGUCCCUGGUUUUGAAGCCUAUUGGGGUUUUCCGUCAAAUCAGUUAAGAAUGUCAACAGAGCUACAAUACGACUUGCGGACAAAGUUAGAAAGUAUGCUUUCUGAGGGUAGCAUUUGUGAGGUAGAGUUGUAUUUAGGGACUCAGCACUUCCGUUUGGUUGCAAGAUCUUACAGUGGGCUCCUUGCUGCGAAUGCGUUUGUUUCCAAAUCCCCUUCGCAACUCUAUGAGUGUGCUGAAAACCUACUUAUUGACUUGGAGUUAUGGAGGCAGAUAAUUCCUGCUUCACUGAGACCAACUCGGAAGCUGAAUCCUGAAUUUGCUGACAUUAUGGAGAGGAGCGCGCAGGACAGAAGCACUUCCUCGAUUUACAGAAUGUACGUGUUUGUGUGCAUUUGUUUCAAGUAUUAUCACUUGAAGAUGACAAUAAAUAAGGCCAUAGUAAAGAUCAAGUUUUCCUAUGAGAAGUCUACGAUCCCCAAGAACAUGUUAAGUAAGGUUAGCAUUGCAGAAGAAGAAGGAAUGGGCACUGCAAUGGUUAUUCUCCAGAUGGCUGGUUGCAUGAAAUCUACGGAAUAUGCGAACUUCGCUCUUUUCUAUCCUUUUAGUUCAUUUAUCGUUGUUGCUGCCUAUUGUCUACAAAAUCCUGAUCGUCUUACGACGAAAGAAAAUGUUGAUUGCCUCAUCAAGGCGUCUAGAAAUUUUUUCUCUGCGGUGCCGUCCCGCUUGUCUGUUGAUAAGUGGUGGGUUGUUGAUAAAAUAGUUCGGUGUGUGCUUUACAUUGUCAUAACUACAAUUGUUGAACAUAAUCCUUCCUGGCACUUUGACUGCGAUGAUCUCCUAGUGGAUAUAAAAGGACUGACUGUUGAAAAUGAUCAUGCUUGUUCAGCAACCAAGACUAAAUCUGCUUUUAACUCUUCUGUCAAUGACCAUCCAAAUACAUCCAGGGGAAAGGGAAUGUUCUGUAAUGUCCCCGUUGCUUCAUUGAUAGCUCCGCCUGCUUUAGAUUAUUCACAUUCUUCCUCUGUAUCUGAAUCUGCUGUACAGGGAAGACAGCAGCAAGUGCCUUUACCAAAAUUUUCACCUAGGCCAGAAAUGACAAGCCCGUUCAAUAAAGCUGGGUUAAUUUACGAUCCAUCUACCGAGGUGGCUUCACCUGGCAACAGUUUCCCUCUUGGUGAUGGGAACGGUGAUGUAGUUUCGGAUAAUAUUCUGCCUGAUUUAGAAUUGGGAUCACUGAGGUUUGAUGAUUCCAAUGAUCCAAAAAAUAUCAAUGGUCUUUUGGAACUCUUCUCUAGGAACGAAAAUAAUACACCAACUAAUGAGAGUGAAGUAUCCAAUUCAGAUACAUUUCAAGCCGAAGGGGUUUCUUUGUUCCAAAACAUGUUUAAUAUUCCAACGAUGAUGUUGGAUAUGGAUGGUAGUUCGCAUACAACGUUGAAUAGUCCCCAAGAUAUAUUCUAA